AUGUCAGGCAAAGCGACCACCAAAAGAAAAGAGUCCUUGACAGAGGAGCAGCAAGGCAUCAUUCAGCAAAAACGACUCGAAAUCGACCGCCUUCAAAAAGAUAUCAGCUCACUGGCUAAACCGUUGCUUAAAACCUCAGACAAAAGCACCCCAGACUGGUCAAAGCACGUUACACCUGGAACACUUUCUGUCUUUCAAGAAGAUACCAGCUGGCACCGACUCGACUCAAACUCAGAACAAAAACUCGACAAAGACACGGCUUCUUUUGAACAAGAUUCUACAACAACAUCCUGGCAACAAAUGCAAAACAUGUUGGAUUCAUUUGAUGAAGACCACGAGGAAAGUUUGUCGGAGGGAUCACCAUCACCGACUGUAUCACGUUUCGACACCAACGAUCAAAAGAUAUAUGGCACCAAUGCUAUGGAGGAGGAUUCGGUCGUAGUCAAGUGCAAAACAUGUGAACGGCCUAUCCUUGCCAAUAGUUUUCAGGCACAUUCAGAAACAUGUGGCAAAGCUGGCAAAGGCAACAAGAAACCAAGAGCGUUGACACAGCUAGCAACAAACGACAAAUCAAAACUCGGCAAAGAGAUUUUCUCAGACGACGAUGACGACGACGAUGAUGAUGAUGGGGAUGAUGAGCCGCUUGCAAAACGUCAAUUGGAUGGACAACAUAAGAAGAAACACACAAAGCACUCUGAUGCCUCAGAUACAACAAGUAUACCCGCGAAACGACCACCGACAAGUUCAGAAAAGCCUGAAAAGAAAAAGUCAAAGAAGAAGGAGACAAAACCAAAAGGACCCAAACCAAAGCCACCUCUUGAUUUGGAUAAGCAAUGUGGUGUGAUUCAAGGUCCUAACAAUACCCCAUGUACUCGAUCGUUGACGUGCAAGAGCCAUUCAAUGGGUGCAAAGCGUGCUGUUGCUGGACGAUCACAGCCAUACGAUGUAUUACUUUCAGCAUAUCAAAAGAAGGCCAUUGGUCGACCCCAAACCACUGGAGCAGGAGCUGGUGAUCGAAAAGGAGGCACAGCAAGUAGCAAGAGUUCCAAAGCCAGCACCAAGAAAUCACAAAAGCAAAUGGGACCUACGACUCAAGCAGGACCAAGUUCAACAGACGCUGCAGCACAGGAAGAGCAAUACAUUAAUUCGGAUGAGGAAGUGGAAAAUGUGAUGUAUGCUGUCAAGGAGAGUCGUCCUGCUCCACUUGCUGAAAGGCCGUUUUAUUUCGUCAAGAGGCGACGACAAUGUUAUCGAUUACGUGAUAUUCUUUUGGAUGCCAUCACCCCGAAAGCUGUUUCCAUGGCUCACAGUGACAGCAACAACACGUUGGCAAGUCUUUACAACAACAGCAACACCAUGUCUCCCGCUUCACAUACAUCAGCCACUCCCAGAUCACCGCUUCAACAAAGUCGUGGCGGCAGCAACAAUGUCCAUUAUUCAUCUCCAAGCUUCCCUGCUUCUUCACAUCCAAAUACCAGUAUACCUCCUUCUUCGCGAUUUCCUCAGCAACAAAACUCUACAUCAUCGUCAGCAGCCGGUGGAUUGGCAGGAUCACCUUUAGGCAUGAUGGGAUUAUCCGGAUCUAUGGACACCAGUGCAAUGUUUAGUUCAGCUACAGGCAAUAGCGCUUUACAAUGA